CGCGCCUCCUCCGUGCGCGAGAAGGCAGGCGGUAACGUGCACGCGCCGCGAGGGUUGAACCUGACCGAAAGCCGCUUCAGUGAAGCAACCACAGCUGAAGAGGGAACACACGUCCACAUUUAUGUUUUAUUUUGCCGGAGCGAACCCUUUUUAAAAUGGCGUACCACAGUCCUUACAGAGCGGCCCCGCAAAACAACGCGACUCCGGACCAGAGUUUUCUGUGGAACAUCUUCCAGAGGGUUGACAAGGACCGGAGUGGUGUGAUAUCAGACACAGAGCUUCAGCAGGCCUUAUCGAAUGGCACAUGGACUCCUUUCAACCCGGUGACGGUGCGCUCCGUCAUAUCCAUGUUUGACAGGGAAAACAAAGGCGGGGUGAACUUCAGCGAGUUUGGCGGCGUGUGGAAGUACGUCACAGACUGGCAGAACAUCUUCAGGAACUACGACAGAGACAACUCGGGCUUCAUCGACAAGAACGAGCUCAAACAGGCGCUCACUGGAUUCGGUACGCUUCAAAGCUAUCGUCUAUCGGAUCAGUUCUACAACACGCUGAUAGAGAAGUUCGACCGCCAGAGGAAGGGACAGGUGGCCUUUGAUGACUUUGUCCAGUGCUGUAUUGUACUACAGAGGUUGACCGACGUGUUCAGGCGUUACGAUACAGACCAGGACGGCUGGAUCCAGGUUUCAUAUGAACAAUAUCUAUCCAUGGUCUUCAAUAUAGUAUAACGCACACGGAUCAUCACAAAAGAGCACAACUGGACACAACUGUGCCAAAGCUACCCAUGCCUCCCAGAUGUCCGGAGUUUUUUUAAACCUAAUUUUUUUUGCCUCAGUUGGGCUGUGUCACACAAAUUUAUAAAAUAAACGGGAAAAUACUCUAAAUACCCUCCACGUGACAGUAUUGCUCUGGAGGUACAACUACAAUGCUUCAUGUACUUAAAAAAUUAAAAAUCUUGUAGUGUUUUGUUUGAGGACAAAUCUGAACUACGUCUCUGUUGGGGAAGGGAAACUUAUGGACACAACCUGUCCCUCUGUCUGUCAGUCUGUCUGUAAUUGUCGACAAAAAUGUUCCACGUCUUACCUUUUUAAUUGAUACAAUAAAAAAAACCUGGGUAAAGAUUAUGCAUUGUAAAUAUGAUUUAAGAUGCAUUGCAUGCUUGUCAGUGAGAUUCAGCUCUACGUUGAAGCAUGCAUUCCCUUUCUCUCGUCCUUUCCUCAGCCCUAGUUUGCUCAAAGUCAUGUUUACAAGAACGAUGAAAUCAGGUGACGUUCUGCUUUGCGAUUCACUGACAUGCCAGCUUAUAUGCCAUAUUUGUACAAACUUAUUAACUACAAGAUCAAAUAUUAGAACAUAUCAUUUUUGUUAGAGGGUAAGCAUAACACCCUUUAGUAUGGCUUAUUUUUUGUGCAUGAUGCCUUAACAAGUGUAAAAAGAACACGAAAGACGAAUCUUUGAUUAAAAAAAUAAAUAAAUAAAAUCA